CAAAGGGUACCACACGCCCACUCUAAAGCACAAGCACGCGCGCUGGUCUUUGAAAAUCCGGGUCCACAGUGCCUCUGUAAAUUACCGUCUCAUUUCAAGUCUGAACUUGGAAGCGCGCACAUCCGCAAUCAUUCAUCGUUGAAUUAUCGUCUUGUUCUCCGUAAGCAUGGAUCGUUGGGUCGGAAAAAUUGCUGUUGUGACUGGUGCCUCGGCCGGCAUUGGCCUGGCGACGGCUAGAGCCCUCAUUGAACAUGGAAUGAUUGUAGUUGGACUUGCCAGGAGGAGACAGAAGAUGCUGGACGAGAUGGAAGAUCUCGCGAGUGCUAGAGGGAAGCUCCACGCGUUGGAAUGCGACGUCAGUAAGAAGGACAGCAUUGCCCAAGCGUUCCAAUGGAUCAAGCAAAAUCUGGGAACCGUUCAAGUUCUGAUUAACAACGCUGGGUAUAUAGCUCUCGGAACGUUCGCUGACACAGUACCAGACACUUGGCAGGGGGUCGUUGACGUCAAUUUAAUGGGCUCGAUCUACUGCGCUACAGCGGCUGUCAAGAUGAUGCAAGAAGCCAAAGUUGAGGGUCACAUCAUCAACAUAAACAGCAUCCAAGGCCACCGGAUUUACCUGUUCGACGAAAUGUCUUUCAAUAUUUACGGAGUGACCAAACACGGAAUCACUGCCUUCACCGAGACACUUCAGCGAGAGCUAAUGGGGCAGAACAUUCGGGUCACGAGUUUGAGCCCGGGCCUGGUGAAGACCGACAUAUUAAGUAGAUACGGUAACGAUCCGUCUGUCUUCGAGGGAGCGAGCCUGGAACCCAAGGACAUAUCGGAUUCGGUUGUUUAUGUUCUGGGAAUGCCGCAGAGGGUCCAGAUAACGGAGUUGAUAAUCAGACCUUUGGGGGAGAGGGCUUUCUAAGUAUUUAUUUUCUUGCGUGAAUAUAUGGUAGAACUGCACUGAGAGAGAAACGACAAAGUUCUCAAGCAAGUCUUAAAAAAUGCAUAAAAUAUAUGUUUUUUAUAUUUGCUACGAAAUAUAGAAAACA